GCAAACAAAAAAGUCAAACAGUUUACAUCGGUUUGCUUCUUUAUGCUCUGUAGUGACGCGGUUCUCAUUAAUUUUCGAAAUUUAUUAAAAAAUCCCGUAAAAUUCGUGUGAUUUCUGGUAUUAACGGAGAAAGAAACAUAGCAGCUUUGGCUGUUCUUCGAAUUGCUCGAGUUUUCGGAGUGUUUCAGGCGGUAACUGGUCGCAAAAAGGGAAGCGGCUUUCUGUCAGCAUCAAAACACUCGCAUCCGACACGAUGGAGAACAACCGGAACGAACACUCCGGAUCCAACGCAGAGAACACCGAUGGGAGCUUGACUACGGAAUCCAUUUCCAAGCGGAUGAGUUUCGACUACAUGAAUGCAUCUUUUGAGAUCGGCCGUAAGAAGCGCAAGCUGUACGAAAUGAGCGAUAUUUCGAUGGAUUCAAGUAAUGUUGUCGGUGAUGACAAGAACAUCAGCCAGGACUCUUUGGCUGGGUCGCAUUGCUCGAUGGCCGUACAGAGCCCGUGGGAGACUCGGCGCAUGAAGGCGGACCUUAUAGAAGCGCGAUCGAGGAUCACAAUGCUGAAGAAAGAGAUCGAACACCAGAACACGGAGAUGGCUACCUCACAGUUGAAGAGUCAGCACAAAAUUUCAUCCCUUGAGAAGGAACUGGCCCACAAUGUGAAAAAGGUGUCCGAUCUCGAGAAACAUCUUUCGGCGGUGCGCAAACGUGAACAGUCGGCCAAGGAAGAGUUGGUCAAGACCAAGAACCAGUUCAAUAUCCUCAAGCAAUCCAGUGACGAUCAGCUGUACGAGUUGCGACGGGCCUUGAAGGACCUGGAACAGAAGUACAAUUUCGAAACCGGUGAGCUUCACUCGGAGGUACGCGACUUGAACCACCAGAUGCUUGACAUUGAAGAUCAGCUAUCGAUGGUCCAGGAUGAGCUUGAAACGUACAAGGAAUUGAAUGAAACUCUGCAGUCGAAAGCCAAUGCUUUCGAUGCCACUAAGAAGGAGCUAGAAGAGGUCCAGGAGAGGCUUUCCGAAGCAGAAUCCAAGAUAAAAACUUUGGAGUAUGAAAUCGGUAGCUACGAGGAUUGGAAGAAUUUGUCGAAGGUAAGCACUUCGCGUUUGGCAAACUACGCUGAACUGGAGAAGGAAAACAUUCGGUUGAAAGAAGAAUCGAAAAAUUUGCACGGAAUAAUUGGAAACAAAAUGCUGCUGGAGGAGCAAGUGGCCAGCUUGAACAGUCGCUUGGAAAACUUCGAGAAGAGCGAGGUGGAUUGUGCAGCUCUUAUCGUGAAGCUCAAAGACAUGGAAAAGGAGCUGGCCGACUGGCGAAAGUUGGCGGUGGAUUUCUGCUCCAAAGAGUCGGCUUGUACGCCCAUCGUUUUGCGGUCCCUCAUCGAUCAAAUCUUGCAAAAAGAUGUUAUAUUGACGAGCGAGAAGACAUCCGUGAAAAAUGAGAAACAUCAGAUUCAGGCGAUGAUUGAUGAGAUUAAGGCCGAGAACGAGCAACUCCAGAAGCAACUCGAGGACCACAAGCGUUCGCUGAAACACCAUCAGACAAUUUUGCAUCGGGUGCAGAAGAAGUUGCACUUGGUGGUUGGUGAGCGGGACUGCUGGAAGCAACUGCUGGAUAGCUACGAGAAAGAUUUGACAAUCAAUCCAACGAACGUAAGCAGCCAGGAAGCCCAAAUGCGCAUCAGAAUUGAAAUGUUGGAAAAACAGUUGAAUGGAUACAAAGAGCUGAACAGCAAACUUGAAGGGGAACUGCAGACGGCCAAAGCGAUGCCCGAUAUGAGUAUGGAUUCAGCGUUGACCAGUGAGCAGUAUGAAAAGCUUCGCAAAGAAAUCGACACACUCCGGUUGGAGAACGAGAGGCUGAAGAAGCGCAAGGACGAUCUGGAAUUGGAACUGGAAAAUUUCACACUUCGAGCCGAACUGAACCGAGAUCGCUACAAGGUAGUGCAGUACUCGGACAGUCCAGCGAACGAAGCCUACGAAGCACACCGAAAUGAAAUCGAGAAGCUGCAGGCGGAAAUCGAACGGUUGAAGAUCCGGAAUCGACGUCUCGAGGAAGGCAACGAGGAGCUCACAACGAGACUGAACGACAGUAACAUGACGAUGAACGUUAUGGAGUUGAACAACUUGAAGGCGCAAGUUCAAUCGCUGGAAGCUAAGAAUCAACACAUCAAAGAGAUCUACAAAUCCGCCAGCAAUGAGUUCCGUGAGGUGUGUUACAUGCUGUUCGGGUACCGAGUCGAUCGAGUUGGAAAUACAAACUAUCGGAUCUCCAGCAUGUACGCUGAGAGUGAAGAGGAGUAUCUCAACUUCAGGUUGAAUGAAUCGGGAACCGUACUGAACAUGCUCGAGACGGCCUACAGUGAAUCGAUUGCGGACAUGGUCACGACCCAUCUGGGAACCCACGGUUCGCUUCCGGCGUUUUUGAGUACCCUCACUCUGGAUCUAUUUAAUCGAACAACGGUUAUGGUACAAGGUUGAGCUAAGCUCUGAAUAAUAUAACAUGCUAACGAUACAUUUAAGAGAAUUUGCUAACUUUUCACUCUUCGAUAUAAAUAUUUUGUCGCGUAUGGAGUGAUUGUCACUAUUGAGCAAAUAGCACUACUCAGAUUAUCCUCAGUAGUGGUAACGUCAAUAAAAUAAUUAGUUUACGCAGAAUUGAUCAUGAA